AUGCCAGCAACUAACAGAAGAAUUUCGUUAGGAUCGCCAAAAGAUCUCCGAGAGGUGAAGUUCUUCGACGAAGAGCCGAUUCCUGACGUCCCACCAAAAGGUGCUCGUGUCAAGGUCUGUUAUGCUGGAGUUUGUUUGACCGAUCGCGAAGUGUCCAACACGAAGCAGGCCAGAAUCACAAAUGGAAUCAAGGACACUAGCUUGUUUCCAGGCUAUGAAGUAUCGGGAAUCGUGGAAUCGUUCGGUAGUGAAUGCAAUCCAAGCGACUAUGACUUGAAUAUUGGUGACAAGGUUAUUGUUUGGCCGACUGACGAGAUGUGCAGUCACGGAUAUGCUGAUUAUGUUGCCGUUCCGACUCUCCACUUCCUUGUUAAAAUUCCAGAAGCUCUGUCGAUGCAUGUCGCCUCGAUUCUUCCAGCCGGUGCUACCUGGGCUUUAUCCGCUGUUCUUCAAGCGAGACCGAUUGUUGAAGCUUUCUCGCAAUCUAAAGGAUUCUGUAACAUUCUUAUCGUAGGAGCUGGAGGUCUCGGAUUGUGGCUUCUCAAGCUCGCCAAGCAUUUCCUGGCUAUCAACAAUGAUAAGAAGAUUCGUUUGAUGGUUGCUGAUGCAAAAGAGGAACGUUUAUCUCUUGCUGAAAGAAAUGGAGCAGACUUUGUUGUUCACUGGGAUGAUUCAGAGUUCGAAGAGUAUCUCAUCAUGAGAACAAAAGAUGUUGCUCGUACUGGAGUUAACGUCGUUUUCGAUUUCGUAACAUCGCCAAGAACCGUCACUCGUUCAUUGAAAUGUCUCGCCGAAGGAGGUGUUCUGUUCGUUGGAGGUCUUUCUGGCUCGAUAGGAAGCAUCGAGCAACUCAAGAAUCUCGUUAAUUUGAUCGCAGGAGGACAGAUCGAUGCCCCAGAUUACAGAGUUUAUCCAGUUGAUCAAGCAUCCACCGUUCUGAAACAGCUUUCUAUGUCGGAAGUUGAAGGUCGUGCUAUUCUCGAAGUGUGUGAUCCAACUUCUGCUUUGGAUGCCGAACAAGCUGGAGGAGUCCCAAUUCCAGCUGCCACUUCUGAAUAA